UCUCCAUAUUCUAUUCCUUAUUGUUUGAUAUUUUGUAAUCCGUUUCUUGACAAUCACUCUGGAGUCUGUCAGAACUGCUAUUGCAAUGUUCGCGUUUCUCACUGUCUGGAAAUUAUCCACUAUGUUUGAUCGAUUUCUAUGAUCGAAACUGCAUCGAGUUUCAAUAAUUCGUAUCUCAAGAUCCAUGUUUUCUACAUGCCUAGAUUAGAUGCCACCCGUGUUGGAUUCAUUGCGUUAGAAUUUGAAGUUCAGGAAAGUUGUUCUGAAUAUACAGUUCAAUCGAUAUGCCGUCUAAGAGAGUUGCAAGUCUUGUAUUUUGCUUCUCAUUAUCUGUAAAUUCUCUCAUCCCUAUGUGGAUUAGAAAUUAAUCACUCCGAUCUUAUUUCUUGAAUUGUUCUGCUCCCGCACAUGUAUGUUGUUUCCUGCUCUAAGAUUAAUGGAAUUGUUUAUUUUAGAUUCAUUAAUAAAUGUUAUGCACUUGAUUUUCUGAAUGUUAAUUUUAAUGGACAUUUUCUUCCUUUUGCGUGGGUUAUGUUGUAUGUCUUAACUGUAGCAUUGUCCUGCUAGUAGUUUUGUAAGUUAUCUCGACUUCUCAGGAUUGUGUGACUGCUAGUAGUUUGGCUUCUGAUUAUCCCAAGGAAUACGGUGGAGCAUGCCUUCAAAUGAGAUUAUCAUACAGUCCGGCUGCACAGUUCUUUCUCUUCUUCGUGCAAUGGACUGAUUGCCACCUUGCUGGCGCAUUGGGUCUGCUCAGAAUUCUGAUAUACAAGGCAUAUGAAGAUGGGAAGACUACCAUGUCUAUUCAGGAAAGAAAGGCUAGUCUCAAGGAGUUCUAUGGGGUGAUAUUUCCUUCUCUGGUGCUACUUCAAAGAGGAACUAAUGACAUAGAAGAUAGACAACAUAGAGAAGCUUAUGCGGCCAAAUACAAAAGAAAAGAUCAGUUGGACAAAGGAAAGAUCUCUGAAAUAGACUUGGAAAGAGAGGAAGAAUGUGGUAUUUGCAUGGAGCUAAACAGCAAGGUUGUGUUGCCUACGUGCUGUCAUUCAAUGUGCAUGAAGUGUUACAGGAGUUGGCGCGCUCGGUCUCAAUCAUGCCCCUUCUGCCGUGACAGUCUCAGGAGAGUCAACUCGGGAGAUCUUUGGAUCUGUACGAGUAGCAGCGAAAUCGUGGACUUGCCCUUCAUCUCUAGUGAAAAUUUGAAGAGGCUGUUCAUGUUCAUUGAUAAGUUGCCUCUUAUUGUCCCAGAUCCAAAACUCAUCUCUUAUUAUCUCAAUCACUAUUAGACAUUCCAGGCUUGGACGACCGGAAGUAAUUUGUAUAUAUAAAAAAAAACCCAUUACAUAUGUUGUUGUGCAUAAUUCUUAUCAAUUCUAUAAUUUGAUAGACUUGAAGCCUUUUGUGGUA